AUGACGGGCAGAAAUCGUUCAUACUCACGCUCCGGAAACUCCCUGUAUGAACUGUUGGGGAUUAAGAAGGGAGCUACAAAUGAUGAAAUCAAAAAGGCUUACAGAAAAAUGGCUCUCAAGUUUCAUCCAGACAAAAACAGGAACGAUCCAGAUGCCGCAGAGAAGUUUAAAGAAAUUAAUCGAGCCAACAUGAUCCUAAUGGAUGAGACAAAACGGACGAUAUACGACCAGUACGGCUCCAUGGGGAUAUACAUAGCUGACCAAGUGGGCGAUGACAAUGUGAACACAUAUCUGGUGCUGACAAGUCCCUGGUGCAAAGCCCUGAUAAUUUUCUGUGGCAUCAUCACUGGAUGCUGCUGUUGCUGCUGCUGUUGCAUGUGCUGUAAUUGCUGUUGUGGGAAAUGUCGACCGCAGCUACCAGAGGAAGAUGAAAUAUUACAAAAUUUACAGAAUGAUGGCAACAAUACAGAUGCACCAGUAACAUCACAGCCAGGAUUGAACAAGUCAGAAACACAGGGUGAUGAGGACAAUGAAGAAACCGAUGAUGUCGUCACCACCCAGCCAUUCGCCGGUGCCAACAGUAUAUCUGCCAGUGGUGAUCAUAUUGCCGACAGAAGAGACUAG